AUUGCAAGCUGUAUAAAAAGACUAAUCAUGCAUGGCAUUAUUAUCAGUUGUUAGUUACCAAACAGUGCUUAAACACCUACAAGAAACGAAAAUGAAAUCCUUCGUAGUGAUCUGUCUCUUCGCCCUUGUGGCCAUAGCGUCCGCCCGCCCUGAAAAUUCACAUUACACGGAUCGCUAUGACAACGUCGACCUCGAUGAAAUCCUGUCCAACAGGCGCCUUCUCGUCCCAUAUAUCAAUUGUGUCCUUGAUCUAGGCAAAUGCUCCGCUGAUGGAAAGGAACUCAAAGCUCACAUCCAGGAGGCUCUCGAACAAAACUGCGAAAAGUGCACAGAAGCCCAGAAGUCCGGUACAAGGAAAGUCAUCGGUCACCUCAUCAACAAAGAGGCUGAUUACUGGGAACAGCUGAAGGCCAAAUUCGACCCCGAGCACAAGUACGUGCUGAAAUACGAGAAGGACCUCCGCAUUGUUGCAGGACACUAAAUUCAUCCAGAGCUUGAUGUUUGUAAUAUUUUUUCAUAAAUUUUCGCGAAAAUAAAUUGAUUAGUUCAAAUUAA